AUGCACAAAAACAGCGAGCGUCAACAGAUACUCCGAGAUAUCUUCAUGAUACUGGCAUUUCUCCACCAGCAGGAGACAGACGACCUCAUUGACUCAACCUUAGGAAUCCCCACGGUGCCAUCACUUGGGAAAAUAUUGGCCCCUACGAAUCCUGGCCGCACUUUCGUGCUGGACUUUUUAUUUGACGAUCAGGCUAUGAUAUCCGAUGUCUUUGAUUUGGUUCUCCGUAAUCGAUACUUAAAUGACCGAUCGCCGGGGAGAACACGUGAAGAAUUCGACUUGGCCCAGCUUUUCAACAUGCGAGACGAGGAUUUUAAGCAGGCCGUUCGAACAACGAAGUUGGGCUUCAUGUGGCUUUUGGGUCUGAUUACGCUCAACCCUGUUUUUCACAGCGCUAGCUUCCGUCCGCAACUACCGGUCCCGCAUCAACUGGCUCUCACUCUAGAAAGGCUUGGGUCAAAUGGUAAUGGGGCCUCUGUCGGGCGAUUCUCACGUAACUUGGGCGUUGGCCGGGGGACCGUUAUCAAGGCAAGUCGCAGGGUCAUCCAGGCGAUUAAUCAUUUAUCCCAUACUUAUCUGCUCUGGCCCGAUGCGGAUCGAAGGAAGGAGAUCUCCAAUGUCAUGAAGGCCGAGGGUUUUGAAGGUUGUAUAGGGUUCGUUGAUGGGACAACCAUCCCACUCUACCAGCGGCCGUCAAUUGACGGCGAGGUGUUCUUUGAUCGGAAAAAACGCUAUUCAAUCAACUGUCAGGUCAUAUGCGACUGCGAUCGGUUCAUCACGGGUUACAUGACGGGCUGGCCGGGUUCGUGUGGUGACAGCAUGGUCUUCAAGAAAAUGGCGGUACAUAGGGAUCCGGGUGGUUUCUUUGAUCCUGGGCAAUAUCUGAUCGCCGACUCCGCGUAUGAGUUGGGUUUGCACUGCAUUCCGGCCUACAAGGCACCCGCGGCCUACGUCUUGGAGAACACAGAAUUUAACUACUGUCUGGCACGAUCUCGGGUCCGGAACGAGCAUACGAUUGGUAUCCUCAAGGGUUGUUGGGCUUCUCUGCAGCAACUAAGGCUGGCCAUUCAGAAGCCAUCGGAUAUGAUGGAGAUCAUUAGGUGGGUAAACUGUUGUGUGACUCUACACAACAUGCUUGCCCAUCUAGGCGAUGCAUGGGACCACUUGGAUCCUUCAAUUGAUGAAGCGGGCCCGGGACGAGAUGUGAGCCACGAAGAUACCGCGAGGGGAUUUCGGGAUAUCGUGCAGGUUAAAUGUCUGGAGGUGAACCACUCCCUGGGUGUAUUGCCUAUUUGA